AUGACACUUCUCCAAACCCUCCUCCGGGCAACCGCAUUCAAGAACCCCCUCUUACGCACCCUCGUGCCCUCGGUCGCACUCGCAUAUGGUAUCCAAGCUGCCGUCGCAGUCCCCUCCAUUGCUGCGCAGACAGAACGUUACUAUGACCUCUCUGGAAGCCUCACAUACCUGUCCUGUACAGCGCUCAGUCUAGUCUUGCCUUAUAUGCGCGCAAGAGCCGCUGGGACAAUUACAGGAGGGAUAACCGAGUAUUUCAGUAGCCAAGGAUUAGGACAGGGGACGUGGUGGUGGAGACAGGCGCUAUUGAGUGCUGCGGUGGGGGUAUGGGCAACGAGAUUGGGUUCCUACCUCUACAAGCGCAUCCAAAGCGAUGAAGGAAAGGACAGCCGCUUUGAUUCCAUCCGCACCUCACCACCCAAAUUCUUCGUCGCCUUCUUCGCGCAGGCAACUUGGGUCUCGCUGUGCACUCUCCCCGUCAUCCUAGUCAAUUCCGUUCCACGAUCUGCAUACGCAACUUCGCUGCUCGGCAAAGCCGUAUCUUCAAAACCCUACUUGACCGACAUCCUCGGCCUGGCCAUCUUCGUCUUCGGUCUCACAUUUGAAGUCGUCGCCGACCGCCAAAAAGACGCCUGGGUCCAAGGCAAGAAACAAAAGAAGCACUCGGAAGAGUUCUUGACACAUGGCCUGUGGAGCAAGUCUCGGCAUCCGAAUUACUUUGGCGAGGCGACGUUGUGGAGCGGUAUUGCGAUUGCGGCGGCGGGGUUGCUGAUUAGGCAGCCGGCGCAGGCGGCGCUGGGACUGAGUGGGGGGUUGGGCGGACAGGUGCUGGUUGCGGGUAUGUGUGCGGCUAGUCCGGCUUUUGUGAGCUUUUUGCUGCUCAAGGUUAGUGGGGUGCCGUUGAGUGAGAAUAAGUAUGAUGAGAGGUAUGGUGAUCGGAAGGAUUAUCAAAAGUGGAAAAGGGAGACGCCCAUGUUUGUGCCCAAGAUUUGGUAA